AGGGAGGCUGCGGCGCAGGGGAAGUUUGGCGGCUGUUGCUGGGGGCGGCCGGAGGAAGGGGGGCCCGCCGGCGGAGGCCGUCGCCAUGGGCAACCGGGGCAUGGAGGAGCUGAUCCCGCUGGUCAACAAGCUGCAGGACGCCUUCAGCUCCAUCGGGCAGAGCUGCCACCUCGACCUGCCGCAGAUCGCCGUGGUGGGCGGGCAGAGCGCCGGCAAGAGCUCCGUCCUCGAGAACUUCGUCGGCCGAGACUUCUUGCCUCGUGGUUCUGGAAUAGUCACCAGGCGACCUCUCAUCCUCCAGCUUAUCUUCUCCAAAACAGAAUAUGCCGAAUUUUUGCACUGCAAGUCCAAGAAGUUUACAGAUUUUGAUGAAGUUCGGCAGGAGAUCGAAGCGGAGACCGACAGGGCUACAGGAACCAACAAAGGCAUCUCUCCCAUUCCCAUUAACCUAAGGGUAUAUUCACCUCAUGUGUUGAAUUUAACUCUGAUCGACCUUCCGGGUAUUACGAAGGUGCCGGUGGGUGAUCAGCCUCAAGACAUUGAGUACCAGAUCAAAGAUAUGAUCUUGCAGUUCAUCAGCCGGGAGAGCAGCUUGAUUCUUGCCGUGACUCCGGCUAACAUGGAUUUGGCCAACUCGGACGCUCUCAAAAUGGCCAAAGAAGUUGACCCACAAGGGCUACGGACAAUUGGGGUGAUCACCAAGCUGGACCUGAUGGAUGAAGGCACUGAUGCUAGAGAUGUCCUGGAGAACAAACUCUUACCUCUGCGGAGAGGCUACAUUGGAGUCGUGAACCGGAGCCAAAAGGACAUCGAUGGCAAGAAGGAUAUCCGAACAGCCCUGGCUGCCGAGCGCAAGUUCUUCCUCUCCCAUCCUGCUUACAGACACAUGGCUGACCGCAUGGGGACUCCCCAUUUGCAGAAGGUCCUCAACCAGCAACUGACAAACCAUAUUCGGGAGACGCUGCCAUCACUGCGUAGCAAGCUACAGAGUCAGUUGCUGUCCCUAGAGAAAGAGGUGGAGGAAUACAAGAACUUCCGUCCAGAUGACCCAACACGGAAAACCAAAGCCUUGCUGCAGAUGGUCCAGCAGUUUGCUGUGGACUUUGAGAAGCGGAUCGAAGGUUCUGGGGACCAGGUGGACACACUAGAACUCUCCGGCGGAGCCCGAAUCAACCGCAUUUUCCACGAGAGGUUCCCCUUUGAGUUGGUCAAGAUGGAGUUUGACGAGAAGGAUCUGAGGCGAGAAAUCAGCUAUGCGAUCAAAAACAUCCACGGCGUCAGGACGGGGCUGUUCACACCCGACUUGGCCUUUGAGGCCAUUGUGAAAAAACAGGUGGUGAAGCUGAAAGAGCCAUGCCUGAAAUGUGUCGACCUGGUUAUUCAGGAGCUAAUCAAUACAGUUAGACAGUGUACUAGUAAGCUUGGCUCUUACCCCAGGCUGCGUGAAGAGACGGAGAGAAUUGUCACAACGCACAUCCGGGAGCGUGAAGGAAAAACCAAGGACCAGAUCCUCCUGCUGAUUGACAUAGAGCUGUCCUACAUCAACACUAACCACGAAGACUUCAUUGGAUUUGCCAACGCCCAGCAACGGAACACCCAGGCGAAUAAGAAAAGAGCCAUCCCAAACCAGGGGGAGAUACUGGUGAUCCGGCGCGGCUGGUUGACCAUCAACAACAUCAGCAUCAUGAAAGGCGGCUCCAAGGAGUACUGGUUUAUCUUGACGGCCGAGAGUUUGUCCUGGUACAAGGACGAGGAGGAGAAAGAGAAGAAAUACAUGCUGCCUCUGGACAACCUCAAAAUCAGAGAUGUGGAGAAAGGGUUCAUGUCCACGAAGCAUGUCUUUGCCAUCUUUAACACAGAACAGAGGAACGUGUACAAAGAUCUGCGUCAGAUUGAGCUUGCCUGCGACUCCCAGGAAGACGUGGACAGCUGGAAGGCCUCUUUCCUCCGAGCCGGUGUCUACCCGGAAAAAGACCAAGGAGCCGAGCACACGUCGGAGGUGCCACUGGCUGCCGCAUUCAGUCAAGGGACGUGCAGGGCACCAUCAGUCAGUUUUGACCUGACAGCACUCUACGGGCACCCCGAUGCCCUGGCCUGGAUGGCCCAGGAUGGCCCGACCCCGUCAGACCGUGGGAGCUCAGCAGGGCCGGCUCUGACCAAGGACUUCAUCCAUUCAGAGCUUUUGGCCUACCUGUACUCCUCCGCAGACCAAAACAGCUUGAUGGAGGAGUCCGCCGACCAGGCGCAGCGUCGGGACGACAUGCUGCGGAUGUACCACGCCUUGAAGGAGGCGCUGCACAUAAUUGGGGACAUCAGUACCAGCACCGUGUCCACCCCGGUUCCCCCACCUGUGGACGACACGUGGCUGCAGUCAUCGAGCAGCGGGCACAGCCCGACACCCCAACGCAGGCCCACUUCUACAGUGUUGCCCCCAGGGAGACCCCCAGCGGUGAGGGGCCCCAUGCCGGGGCCCCCCUUGAUUCCAGUACCCGCAGCAGCAAGCAGCUCUAACUUUGUGGCACCACCCAUUCCUUCACGCCCUGGACCUCAGAGCGCCUUCACUGCGAACAACGACCCUUUCUCAGCGCCGCCUCAGAUUCCUUCACGACCAGCACGUGUUCCGCCUGGCAUCCCUCCAGGUGUGCCCAGCCGAAGGCCCCCCGCUGCCCCGAACCGGCCGACUAUUAUCCGACCAGCCGAGCCCUCUUUAUUAGAUUAACCACCAACAUCCCGGAGAGCUGUUGCCUGUUAACUACCUUGUGGAAAGAACUCACGCCUCAUCUCUUGUGUGGAAGAGCUCUCUGCAGCUGCGAAGGACUGUGUAGCCGAGGCCCAAGUUCCCUCUCUUCUCCCCCCCCCCUCCCCAGCAGUCACAACCACGGCAUUGGCAACCCCGGGACGGGUGGGUGCUGCUGGUCUGUGGUCUGUCAAGAGCCCUGUGAGGCCGAGCAUUCCUUGCUGCGGUUUCCCUCUCUGUCCCUCAGACCUCUGGGUCUCGUCUAGGGAGGGGCUGGAUAACCGGAACCUUCUCUAGGGAAGGGGGGCAGGUGGCGGCAACGGCGGAAGUUUCUUCGUCACCAUCCUCUGGGUAGCCGCACCAGACCAGUUCCUCAUGAGAACAGGGAGGAUUCCGCUUUGUGGAGUCAUUAUGCACUUUGUUAAAAAAAAGAGAGAGAAAGAAAGGAACUCCCCCCCCCAAAAAAAUAAUAAUUGGGUGAUUGCCUGUGAAUGCGUGAGAGUAAAGAGGUGAGUUUUCCAGCCUCCCCUUGUGAGUUGAGCACAUUGA